CCUGAGCAGGGAACAUUGUCGAAAGUUUAACAAAACUUCGGAUUCCGCGGUGCAGGAUCCAUUACCCAUGAGCACUCAGUGUUCAUGCGAAAAGAUGGCCGCGCCCACGAAAGUUGUGUUGCUGGCUUGCGGGUCUUUUAACCCCAUCACAAACAUGCAUCUCCGGAUGUUUGAAAUUGCCAAGGAUUAUCUUCAUCGGAUUGGCAACUUCCAAGUGAUAUCAGGUAUCAUCUCACCAGUACAUGAUGCUUAUGGAAAGAAGGGUCUUGUUUCCGCUAAGCAUAGAUUAGAGAUGUGCAGUCAAGCUUUGAAGACAUCUGAUUGGAUCAAACUAAAUUCAUGGGAAACUGAACAAGAAGGGUGGACAGAAACAGCAAAGACACUGAGACACUUCCGAGAUGAAGCGAAUUCAGACACAUUUAAGGUACCAAACCAGGCAUUCACAUCACCCGUCUCAUGUACAACUAUCCCUGUAAGACCGGCUCGUAAGAGGAGGAGAAGCAACAAAAACCAGGAUAUGAACAGUGACUUUCUGGUGACACUAAGAACAGUUUCAUCUCUGUCCUGUUUUGGAGGGACUCUGGGCGCUGCUGAUAAUGACCACUAUGAGGAGAUGCAUUACACUUCAUGUACCAAUAACAUGAACCUUCAGCCAGUUCAGGUCAAGCUGCUAUGUGGUGCUGAUCUAUUAGAGUCAUUCGCUGUACCUGGACUAUGGAAAGACGAAGAUAUUACUGAAAUCGUUAAGAAAUAUGGACUAGUUGUAAUCACUAGAUCUGACUCCAAUCCACAAAAGUUCAUCUAUGAGUCUGAUGUGCUCUACAGAUACCAGAAAAACAUUCACAUUGUUACUGAAUGGAUUUUCAACGAUAUCAGCUCAACAAAAGUCAGACGUGCUGUAAGUCGCACAGAAAGUAUCAGAUACAUUGUUCCAGAUCCUGUUAUCCGUUAUAUUGGUCAGAAUAAACUAUAUCAGAUGAUUGACAGUGAGAAGGAGAAGGACUAACGAGGAAUGCUGCAAUCAACCGUAAAGUAUACACAUUAAUCAUGCUGGGGCCAGAGUGAGUCUUCAACAACAGAGGGCAGCAAACACAUGAACCACUCUCGAGUAGAAACAGGUUUCUGCUUCAAGUCUCAAUUCUUUCAGGUCUUCUGUGAGGAAGUCUGAAGUCAAGUUUCAAAUUGUUUUAGUCCAAUCACGAUUCUUAAAAUAUUGAUAGACUCAAGUUCAUCAGUAACUUGAGAUGAAACUCUGCCAUAUUACUCUGGAAAAGAGUCAGUUAUUUGCUUGCAGCAUUCAUUGGAGAUAAAUAAAGUGGCUUUUAACAAUGCUGUACUGAAUAUAUACAAGUAAGAUUAUCAUUGUUUGGUGCUGCUCCUGCAUGUAAAACGUAGUUAUAUCCUCUAAAUUAAAAUCAUUGAUUCUAAAGAUAUACUACAAAAACUGUGUUAUUUUAAUAUAAAACUAUUUGUUAUUCCGACAACAGUUAACAAUAGUUAAAUUGUUUUAAAAUAUAUUUUUACAAGUUUUUUUUACGAACACAAGCACACAAUUUUGUUUAAACUCGUCUUGAAUGGACACCCAGGUUUCAUGAAGCUUGCUUUCCAGAAAACACCUGGCAAAUGUCUCAGCUAAGCAAACAUAAUAAGGGGACAACAUUUUGCAUGGUAACCCUGAUAAGUAAAAUUCAUUGUUUGGUAAAGAGCUCCUUUAAAAUGACCCGUGUAUCUGAGAGUGCAUGUUAAAACCAAAGUUAAAUCGGCCUUUGCAUGUGUCCCCUAUAACACAAACCAUGUCUUUCCUACUUGUAGCUGUUCAAUUUAUUGGUUGUGAGAAAAGUCUUCAACAAGCUGUGCAAAAUCAUUGAUAAAUUUGUCUCCUCAAUUAUGUGCAAGUAACGUCUAAGCUCUUCCAUGUAUCAUAUAACUAGUGUUAAAUGUUAAAUAUAUGUUGUAACAACAAUGAUUACCUUGAUGAAACUACAGGCUGAUAAUGUGUUUGUAGUAUUUGGCUGCAGUCUCCCAAAGUCAAACUAAAACAACACCGCAUACUGAAUACAAAUGUAUUUCUCAGACUCUUAUGUGAAAUUUACUAUGUAAGAAAACCUUGAUGAUGAAUGACUAGAAUUUCAUUCUUGUGAGGGAACCAUUACUUUCCCAGACUAAAAGGGCUUCUUCAUAAAAACAAGUGCUUCUGAUGAUUUUGAUUGGGCACCAGGGUCCAGACCAGGGCAAGGAAGACACCGGGCAGUCCUAUGUGGGAUAUCUCACUUCUCCAUCCAGCAACUCUUUUGCUUGAAACACUUUUCAAAGAUAAAUUUUAUUGGAGGACGAGUGGACACAAAGACUUGGUUCAGUACUGCCUGUCAUGUGAUUGUAUGGUAAAUGGUGUUUUUUUGUUUGUUUAUUUUUCAUUCAUGGUUCAUGGUUUAUGUAAGUCUUAACUUGCUGUCAGUAAAUAACCUGAUUUUAAAAUGGCAAAUCCAAGGCAAAAGAAGAGAGUUACAUUAAAAAUGAUGACAGUUAUGUACAUGCUCUAUGUUUAAACAACGAUGCAAUAUUAUGCUUUAAAAACUAAUUAAUUGUAAAAAGGAAAUUAUAUUUGACAAACAAAAUGGUCUCUAUGGUAAGAUAAGGGAAAACUCUUUUCGAGAGUUUGAACUGAAAUUGUUCAUUACUUAUUUGCUGCAAAUAACUGGCAAUGGUUGUGAUGUGAAGAUUAUACAAGCAAACCAACGUCAGGCGUUUCAUCUAGUGGGCCAAACUUCAUAAGAGAGGUUUUGCUCUGCAUCACAAACCAGCCUGAAUAGCAUGCAAUAUUCUCUGAGCAGAUUGUUUCCAUAAGUAGCCCUAUGAAAUUUAGCCUUGAAAGAUUAUUAUGUAUCUUCUGCAGAUUGAUUUUAGAAGUGUAAAAGCAUGAUGGGAAGUCUAUUGUAAAACUCUCAAAUUUCAGAUUUGAUUUUCUUGGUAUGUGAACCGAAAUGAGGAACAGUAACUCUCCAUAAAAUAAUGUGUGCAUAUCAUCUGUACGUUUGCCUCGUUAUCUCUAGCCAGUUUCAUAAAAGUAAGUAUUAUGUACAUACAUUUGCUAACAUACAAUAAUUGUGCUUAGCAGGUACAGGUUAUUAGUCAUAAUUGAUGUGUCAGUCAUUUUAUAACCGGUGCCCUAAUAUUGUUUUGCUUAACAAUAAUAGCUGUUGUACAGGUUUCUUUUUAUGAAGUUGGGCUUGGAUGAUGCACCUCAAUUUUGGAACAUAUACAAACUUUGUGAAAAUUUGCUAUUUAUGCUCGAAUACUCCACAAGGUAUUAGUCUUGUGCAGCCUUGUAAAGUGAUGGGAUAAAGUACAAAUAGUUUUACAAGUUACUUGUAUAGUAUUUUGUUCUCGAUCGUCUCAUUACAAAUGAGUAGAAUGUUUUCUAGUGUUACAUUGUCUCUGAUUUCAAAGACAUUUUCUCAUCUAAACCUUAAUCAUAGAACAGCAAUCUUUGUCAUGUUCCCAGGUAUGCACUAGCAAUAAUGAAUGAGGAUUCUCAAUAUACAAAAGGGGCUCAGACUGUUUGCCCUUCCAGCUUCUGUAUUAGGCCAUAUCCAAAUUAGCGGCUACAGCUACGGCUUACACUGUUGCUAAGGGUGUUACUAAGGAUGUCCUAUACUUGAGUGCAUGAUGGCGCAAAAGGUCUAGCCAUAGCCGUAGCUGUAGCAGCCACUUCGGAAAUAGCCUAAGAAUAUUGAGUUGAGUAGAAGAAAACAAGAUGACUGCUUUAUGAGAAAAAUUUAGAGUAAACAUGUUUAGUUUAUUAGAAUUACAAUUUAUUUUUAUAUCCAGGUGGUGUGUAUUGUUCACCUAACUUUAUUAUUUUAACAAGUUAACAUUUGUAUUAGUGACAUGCAUGUAAUUGUUUUGUAAAUUUUAUGAUUUAUUUACUUUAAGUUUAGAAAUUGAAGAAUGCAACAUAGGUGUUUCAAUAUUAUUGAGAGAAAUUGUUUUGAUCUGGAUAUGAAAUGCCAGUGUACUUGUAAAUGGAAGACAACGAUGGAAGAGGGUUGUUCUUUGUAACAAUAAUUUCAAAUCUGUGUGUAAAAACAAAUUCUACCUUGAACAUCCAAACUACCCUAAGUACCUUUUCAUAAAUGUGUCAUCUCCAGCAACAUCAAGGCAGUAAUGUCAUUUCUUGAAAGAAAUAUGUUUAAUAAUUUAUUAUUAUUAUUGUUUAUUUGUGGUUUUGGGGGUAUUUUUAUUUUAUUUUUUGGUGGGGGAUAUAGUGAGUCUUUAAAUUAAAUCGUCUGUUCUUUCAUGUAUAGCGUGAUAUCAACUUUCUAUUUGUGAAGAUACCAUGUAUCACCGGAAGUUAGUGGGCACAUUUUAACUAGUUUAUUUAGCUUGAUGUCAUGUGGCAAUUACUGCUGUACAACACAAAUUUCAGCCAACUUUUCCUGUGUGAAAUGGUAGUGGUAUACAGGGUUUCAUUUGUGUGUAUGAACAUCACCCAGAAAAUUGUACAAUUACACAGCAUUGCAGCAAUAAAGAAUUCAGUUUCAUUUCCUUUAAAUCAAAGAAAAAUGUUGAGUUUACUAGCUGUAAAAUAAUGUAAUUAUUGUAAACUAUUUACAGAGAAUAAACACAUGUCUAUUAAAUAUAA